AUGCGGAACAUUUUGACAAUCGUGUUCGGAGUUCUUACCGUCCAUGCCACCGCCACAUGUACUCGGGAACAGUUGACAGCGGCAACCGAUGAUCUCCUCGUCGUUCAAGCCACAGGGAAACUUAAUGGUGCCGCAUCUUUCGCCUCAACAAUCAAAUAUACGGAGAACCGGAAAUCCAUGGAUCUGGCGAAGGGAAUAUUGUCGCAGGCUCUUACCAUUGCCCACAACCGCAGCCAGCACGACGUUCCACAGUGCGCUGCAUUCAGCGAGCUCAUCGUCACAACCGCUGCUAAACCCUACGUGAUUGCCACGCAAUUACGCCUGGACAACACUACUCAGAAGAUUAGCCAGAUAGACAACAUUGUCACAACGAAGGGAGAUUGGUUAUUCAAUGUCACAGGAACGUAUUACUGGGCAUCUAGAGAGAAGUGGGAUCCUAUUCCCACGGAUAAGCGCGACACACGGGAGGCAAUCCAGGCAGCAGCGGAUGCAUAUUGCAAUAUUUUCAACGACAAGAGUAUUAAGGUGCCGUGGGGCCAACCGUGUGCACGACUUGAGGGAGGAUCGUACACAGGCAAAGGACAGGCCACCGAUCGAUGUGACGUGGGCAUUCCGAGCGGAGUCAAGUUGAUCAAUCGACAAUAUGUGAUUGAUGAGAUGUAUGGUACUGUUGAUGUGCAGAUGGACUUCGCUGGUACAGGAGGGUUUGGACAAGGAGGGUUGCCUGAUAGCCAUGAGUUCAGGGUUGAAGGAGGGAAACUAAGGUACGUCCACACGUUGUCCUCGUGUGGCGGGAAAUCGUGCAUGUAG